AUGUCCAUUGCCGACAUCCCCUCCCCCCUGCCGACAUAUCUCUACAAGAUCAUCCCCUCGGCACCUCCCCCCACGCUCCCCCAAGAAUGGCCCCUCUCUGACCUUGACCGCAAAGACGGCUACAUCCACCUCAGCACGGCACGCCAGCGGGCCUCUUCUUCAAGGGAGCACCAGUCGCUCUGGGUCCUCAAGCUGCGCCUGGCGAGCUUCGCGGCGGGGAACCUCCGCUGGGAGGCUGCUGGGUCGGACGUCUACCCGCACCUGUACGGGCAGAACUUUGGCGCGUCGGAGAUUAUCGACGCCCAGGAGCUGCGGCGCGGCGAGGCGCAGGUAUGGGGGGAUGCGCUGGAGGGGGAGGUCUGGCUCGAGUGA